AUGGUACCCUACCAUGACCCAUAUGACAGCCCUUUAGAUUAUGAAUAUCUCAAUUUUAUGAAUGAUGCAAAUCCAAGCCUUGCAGGUUUAUCCUCUGACAAUGAACUCGCUUCAUUAAUUCCUGAAUCAUCCGGUGGCAAUGAAAAUGCAAAUGCCAAUGCCAAUGCAAUUGCAAUGGCAAAUGCAAAUGCAAAUGCCAAUGCCAAUGCCACCAUUUCGGAUCCUAAUGACCCAUAUGAUGAUCCAAUGCUUUUGAAUUUUUGUUAUGGAAGUGAUAGAGGGGUAUCUCAAGAGGCUGGUUCGUCACAUCAGAAUCAGGGACAAAGUUCUUUUGGACCAAUUCCUAAUGCACCACUUCCUAAUGCGUCAUUUCCUAAUGCAUCAAUUCCUGAUGGACGAGGAAGAAGUGAAGAGAUUUUCCAUAACGGGAGGCCUAUUGCUGUUUGGCCACCUGAACCAGUACCUUUUCACUGCACUUGCUGUCAUGUUCUUAGAGAAAUAAUCCACACUGAUGGCAACUAUACUACAAAACUUGAGAUACAUGGGAGAAUUGGUAUCAUCUGUCAUGCUAUUCUUGAGAACAGGGAUCAUGCCAAGGCAGUUCAUCCUCAACAUUAUAUGUUCGAUUUCUGCAAGAAAAGCACGGAGGACGUGAAGGAUUUUCUGCAGAAGUAUUGUUAUGAUAGAAGGCAGGCAGGCUUCAUUAUGGUCCAAGAUCCACUCUCAUUCUUUUAUGAAUCCCUUUGUGUUGGAUUUGAGUGGAGUGAAGAUUUGAAUAAUGAUGACUUCUACGAUCAAUCUCCAUCAAAUUCAGGGGAACAACAAGCAACGGAUCAGACAGUGGGAGAGACUGAGACAGAGAUAAGAACGACUCGCAGCAAUCUUGCACUACAGAGGGAAAGAGCAGGAAGGUUGACGUUGGAUGACUUUAGACAAUACUUCCAUCUCCCCAUUGAAGACGCCUCUAGGAGGUUGAACUUGUGUCCUACUGUAGUGAAGAAGAUAUGCCGGAAGUUCGGGAUGAAUCGAUGGCCAUACAGAAAGAUUAAAAGCAUCCAGAGGCAAUUAACAGAUCUUCAAGUACUCUUAAAUUCGAACGACGCAGAAGAAAGGGCACGAGCACAAGCAGAAAUCCUGAGGCUUCAAGAAGAAAUGAGAAAUGCCUGUUCUGGAACCGCUGAAUGA